UUCAACAAAUUUUCCAACGUCUUUUAUCCUGAGGUACCUAUAUGUACCUCCUUAACACUCACCAUAAAACACACUUCAAUAUUCAUUUUCUUCCAAACUCUUCGAUCAAAAUUAUAAACUUCAACAAAAUUUCCUUCACUCAAGUACAGAAAUUAAAUGGCAGAAGCACAACCCCACAACCGGGGCAGAAGAUGUUGUUGCUGCCUUUUCGGUAUAAUUUGGAAACUCCUCCUAGCAAUCAUCGUUCUCGCUGGUCUCAUAAUCCUUAUUUUUUGGCUCGUUGUCCAACCUCGAACCUUCAAGUUCAGUGUCAAAGAAGCAAAACUCACCAAAUUCAACUAUAGCGACGACACCAACACCCUCCAUUACAACCUCGUACUCAACUUCACGGCCCGUAAUCCAAACAAAAAACUCAACAUCUACUACGAUGUAAUCGAAGGACAUGCGUCUUACGAAGGGACUAGGUUUGCUUCAACAAAGGUUAUAACAUGGUUAAAUUCAUUCCGACAAUACACUAAGAGCACGAAUCCUAUGAGUGGUGUUUUCUCUGGGCAACGUGUUGUGGUUUUUGAUCGUGAUCAGGUUUCUAACUUCGAACGUGAUGAGAAAGAUGGAGUUUUUCAUAUUAAUGUGAAAUUAAACUUUGACAUGAGGUUUAGACUUGGUGAUUAUAUUGGUCCACAUACUAAGGGUAACAUUAAGUGUAGGCUUGAUGUUCCUUUUGUUGCUAAUGGAACUAAGGUCAUGAAAGCAUUUGAACCCACCACGUGUGAUGUAAAUUUCUAAGGGUUGUAAUUUCAAGGGGAUCAUUUCAUUCUUGGGUUUGUUGAUAAAUUUAUUUUUCCCCACCUUUUGUUUUUGUAAUAUUUUGGAUUUUAUGAAAAUAUAUAAAUCAUAUUUGUUGCUGAGUCUUUAACCAUGUGUUUGUAAGAGAAGAAUCUUACUUUCCACAA